AUGAGUGACCUCAGGAAUUCGCAAAAAGCACAGAAUCUUGCUCGGAUUCGUGACAACCAGCGGCGUUCGCGUGCUCGACGUAAGGAAUAUCUGCAUGAGCUGGAAACCAAACUACGAAGCUGCGAACAGGUCGGCAUCGAAGCUUCGUCAGAAAUUCAGACUGCGGCCAGAAAGGUUCUCGAUGAGAACCGCAGGCUCCGAGCGCUCCUACAUGAGCGAGGUGUGUCUGAGCCAGAGGUUAUUAUCGCCUUGGGCGGGCCACCCGACAGAUCAUAUGAUAAGAUUUCAUCGGCACCUACGCUCAAUGCCAUGCUCGAACGGAGGAUCACCUGUAACCUGGCAUCAUCUACAAGCUCGCCGACGCCCUCUCACGCGAGGGCGGCUUCCAUGCCCCGACACUUGCCGUCAGUCCCACCGAUUACCAUUCCGGCACCUCGCCCAACGGCAUUAAGCUGUUGUGACUCUCCCAGCCCUAGCUCGAUGGUGUCAAGUAUGGGUACGCCACCACCACCACCAGCGUACUCUACACCCUACUAUACUGCGCCGAUGACCCCGUCGGCUGCUGAAAUCAAGGUCGAGGAUGUCCGGUACAAUUACCCAUAUGAACAACACUACCACAACACUUGGACCUACCCAAGCGACUACAACUACGUCGCAGAUCCUGCCGCAACUUACUACAGCACCUCAUCUUGCGUCGAUGCCGCUAAUAUCAUCCGAACGAUGCGAUCAGACGUCGGACCAGAGCUGGAAACCGACCUUGGGUGUCGUACUUCGGAUCAGGACUGUUACGUGAACAACCACAUAGUCUUCAACGUGAUGGACAAAUACUCGAACCAACAUACCGCGAUAUGA